AUGGCUAAUUUUGGAAGAUUCCAGGAAGUGGAUGUGGGUAAAUUCAUUGAAGGAAACGAAAACAAAAACACUUUGGUGAAAACAUUGAGUAAUUUGAAACUUUUGAAUGAAUUUCUGACUUCAAAAUAUUCAAAUGAAACAAGGCCAAUCCACUGCAUCCCUGCUUGUGAUCUGGAUAACUAUCUGGCUAGUUUUAUUGUGUCGGUCAGAACGAAGGACCACAAGGAAUAUGAACCUAGUACCCAACGUGGCAUGAUUGGCAGUUUUGAUAGACAUUUGCGAAAAAGGAAUUAUGGUAUCAGCAUCAUUGGUGGUAGUGUUGAAUUUUCCAAAACUCGCGAUGCUUUAAAAGCGAAACAACAUGAUUUGAAAGGCCAAGGUAAAGGUUCUAAACCUCUGAGAGCCGAUCCUCUCAACGAUAAUGACAUCGACAAAUUAUAUGAAUGUGGACAGCUAGGCAAUAUGAAUCCGUCGUCCAUUAUAAAUAACCUGUGGUACCAAAAUACGCUUCACUUUGGAAUGAGGGGCGGGGCCAUGGAACACCGAGCCAUGUCUUGGGGUGAUGUUGUUUUGAAACACGACACAGAGUUGAACUAUCUGCAGUAUCACGAACGUUUGACAAAAACUCGAAAUGGUGACGACAUUCGAUCAACCCGUUUGUGUCCCCCUAGGAUGUAUGCUACACCGCAGCAACCGGACAGAUGUCCCGUUCAACUUUUUAUGUUUUAUCAAGCAAAACGACCUGAGGGUUAUUCUAACAAAGACGACCCCUUCUAUCUCGCGACCGUAACUCAUGAUAAACACCCACGUGUCCAAGACCAAUGGUUUUUGAAAGGUCCCAUAGGAAAAAACAAACUGUCAAACAUCAUGAAAACUAUGGCUAAAGAAGCAGAGCUUGACUUACCUAAAAAACGGUUAACAAACACUAGUGUGAGGAAGACUCGUCCAAAAGAUGACCGACAAUAA